AUGGCCGACUCCGCCCUUGUUGACCACUCCCCCCACCAUCCCACCAGAGCGGCACAGCUCAAGACCGCUUCGAAUGUUAUUUUGAUUGACAACUACGACUCUUUCACUUGGAAUGUUUACCAGUACCUGGUCUUGGAAGGCGCCACGGUGAAUGUCGUUCGCAACGAUGAAAUCACACUGGAAGAACUAAUUGCCAGGAAACCUUCCCAUCUGGUGGUUAGCCCUGGCCCCGGCCACCCCGAGGCCGACGCCGGUAUCAGCAACGCCGCAAUCCAGCACUUUGGAGGAAAGAUACCCGUAUUUGGCGUGUGCAUGGGCCAACAAUGCAUCAUCUACUCGUUCGGCGGCAAAGUCGAUGUCACGGGAGAGAUUCUGCAUGGCAAGACGUCCGUACUGAAACAUGACAGUAAGGGCGUCUACGAAGGACUCGCCCCAUCGGUUGUCAUUACUCGAUACCAUUCCCUAGCAGGAACUCAUUCCACAGUGCCUGAAUGUCUGGAAGUGACUUCCUAUGCGCAGCUUGGUGAAGAUGCCAACAAAACCGUUAUAAUGGGUGUACGGCACAAGAAGUUUGCGGUCGAGGGCGUUCAAUUCCACCCCGAGAGUAUCCUAACAGAGCAUGGACGGACCAUGUUCCGGAAUUUCCUCAAGUUGACCGCUGGAACUUGGGAGGGCAAUGGCAAGGAUGUCGCCCAGCAGAGCAAUUUCGCCGCCGCCGCUACCCAGAAUUCCGCGAAGACGGAUAAAAAGAAGUCUAUCCUAGACAAGAUCUAUGACCACCGGAAAGCGGCCGUCGCCAUUCAAAAGACCAUUCCGUCUCAGCGGCCAUCUGACCUUCAGGCCGCCUACGACCUGAACGUUGCCCCACCCCAAAUCUCAUUUCCGGCACGCCUCAGGCAAUCAGCGUAUCCUCUGUCUUUGAUGGCGGAAAUAAAGCGCGCUUCCCCUUCGAAAGGAAUGAUUGCAGAGCAUGCGUGCGCCCCAGCCCAGGCUCGACAAUAUGCCAAGGCCGGUGCCAGCGUCAUCUCUGUUCUUACUGAGCCAGAAUGGUUCAAGGGUAGCAUUGAUGACCUACGGGCUGUGCGGCAAAGCCUGGAAGGGUUGACUCACAGGCCCGCCGUCUUGCGAAAAGAGUUCGUUUUUGAUGAAUACCAGAUCUUAGAAGCUCGCCUGGCUGGUGCAGAUACCGUGCUACUCAUUGUGAAGAUGCUUGACACGGAGUUGCUGACAAGACUUUACCGUUACUCUCAAAGUCUUGGGAUGGAGCCUCUCGUUGAGGUCAACACUCCAGAAGAGAUGAAGAUCGCCGUUGAUCUCGGCGCUCAGGUUAUCGGUGUCAACAACAGAGACUUGACAAGCUUUGAGGUCGAUCUUGGCACCACUAGCCGGCUCAUGGACCAGGUACCCGAGAGCACCAUUGUCUGUGCACUCAGCGGCAUUUCUGGACCCAAGGAUGUGGAAGCCUAUAAGAAGGAUGGCGUGAAAGCCAUCCUCGUUGGAGAGGCGCUUAUGCGCGCUUCAGAUACUGCAGCUUUCGUUGCCGAGCUUUUGGGAGGAGAGUCUAAGAAACCCCUCUUAAAGUCGCAAAGCUCGCCUCUGGUCAAGAUCUGUGGCACCCGAACCGAAGAAGGUGCUCGUGUGGCAAUUGAAGCUGGCGCAGAUUUAAUUGGCAUCAUAUUAGUCGAAGGCCGCAGACGAACUGUCCCCGAUGAUGCUGCUUUGCGUAUAUCCGAAGUAGUGCAUUCAACACCGCGACCCGUUUCCUCCUCUUCAUCACCUCAAGGAGAUUCAAACGCCACAUCGGUAGACUGGUUCGAUCAUUCUUCCAACAAUUUACGCCAUCCCACUCGCGCUCUACUAGUGGGAGUAUUCCUCAAUCAGCCGUUGUCAUACGUCCUCUCUCAACAACGAAAGUUAGGACUUGACGUCGUACAAUUACACGGGUCCGAACCCCUUGAGUGGUCUAGGCUGAUUCCAGUUCCAGUCAUUCGCAAGUUUGGCCUCGAUGAAUUCGGCAUCGCCCGAAGAGCCUACCAUACAUUGCCGUUACUAGAUUCUGGCUCGGGGGGCUCGGGUGAGUUACUAGACCAAUCGCGUGUUAAAAAGGUGCUAGACUCCGAUGACGGGCUACGAGUCAUCCUAGCUGGUGGAUUAGAUCCGACCAACGUGGACGAGAUUCUCAAGCAGCUUGGAGAGUUCAGGAAUAAGGUGGUUGGUGUUGAUGUCAGUUCAGGCGUUGAGACCAAUGGUGCUCAAGAUUUAGACAAGAUCCGCGCAUUCGUACAGACGGUAAAAGGUCUCGCUCAGUGA